AUGUCUAGUCGCCAACAGAUCGACUCAGUCAUCGACGACGAUGAUGAGUUCUGCCCCCUUUGCAUCGAAGAGUUCGAUCUCUCGGACAAGAACUUCAAGCCCUGUCCCUGUGGGUAUCAGAUUUGCCAAUUCUGCUACAACAAUAUCAAAACCCACAGCGAGGAAGGUCGAUGCCCGAACUGCCGACGCUCUUACGACGACAGCACGAUCGAGUACAAGGUUCCAAAUGCGGAUGAGUUCAAAGCAGACUUGGCCUUGAAACACCGCAAGGCCGCAGCAGCAAAGAAGAAGGAGGCAGAGAAACGAGAAAUCGAAGCGUCCAGCCGAAAGAACUUGGCCGGGGUUCGCGUUGUCCAGAAGAACCUGGUCUACGUGAUCGGCCUCAACCCGACGAUACGGGACGAAAAUCAACUUCUCCAAACUCUCCGUGGAAGAGAUUACUUUGGGCAAUAUGGAGAUAUCGAAAAGAUCGUGGUCAGCAAGGCGAAGCCUGGCGGCAAUCCCAAUCAGGGUAUUGGUGUCUACGUUACGUUCUCGCGGAAGCUCGAUGCUGCUACAUGCAUCGCUGCCGUGGAUGGAUCGGCGAAUGGUGACCGGGUUCUAAGGGCUCAAUACGGAACGACCAAGUAUUGCUCGUCUUUUCUUCGCAAUGAGCAGUGCAAUAACCGCAACUGCACAUUCUUGCAUGAGACCGGAGAGGAUAGUGAUAGCUACAGCCGUCAGGAUCUUUCGUCGAUGAACACAUUGUCCAGCCAACGCCCAUCUCACCCCAGUGCUCGUGCCACCCAACCGGUCUCCCACCCCAUACGCCGUCAGCCGAGUAAGGACGAUUCCAUCAGUGGCCGUCCUGGUAUUCUAGAUGGACCGGCCUUGCCCUCAUCCGCAAGCUGGGCGAACACCAACGCUCCUAUCAGUCGGACGAGGCGAGCCAGUCUUACCGGGAGCCAGGCUUCUCAGAGCCCACGACCUGUGAGCGCCACAAUCGCGACCUCCACUGAAGAUCACAAGCGCAGUGAGAAACCUUCGCCGGUUACUCAGGAUGCCCAACGACCAUCGCUGCCCCCCACUCGAUCGCUGGCAACCGCGUCCCGCCAAGCUCCUAUCAAGGCGGAAACACCUUUUGACAGUCUGUUGAAAGCAGUCACGUCUCCCGACUUCAAGUUUGUUUUCUCGGCCUCCGAGUUGUCACCAGAUGAAGCUGCCAUGAUCCUAAACUACCCGUCUUUCAUUGAUCCGUACGGGGGUGUGAAGAGAAGGGCAAUGCGCGAGAAGGUUGAGCAAGAACGCGUCAAGCGUGAGCAUGAGCUUCUUCAGUCUUCCACCGAAGAUGAGGGACCUGAAGCCGGUAGCUUGCAGCUGGGUGGAGAACCAGAAGAGGCCAAUGCACCCCGAGGUCGUCAAAGCCGUGAAUCCCAUGGAGCUAUCCAACCACCUUCCCAGCAAGGCACUGCAGACAACUCCACUGUCGGCUCCCCUCAACAGCAAUUGAUGCUACUGAAAUCUGCGAGCAACCAGCAGGCUGGUCUAGCUGAUCCCUUGAGCUCUGCUGCCUUGGAUCAAGCUGCUCAGGUUCGUCAAGGUCUCCUACAUAGUCAAAUGGCGCAGUUCAAUGCCUUACAGGCGCAGAAUCGGCAGUCGUCCCGUUUCGCCUUUGCCAACGAGGCCGGUUCGAAGAAUGUCCCCAACCCACGAUUGUUGGGUCAGAUGCAAUCCGGAACUCCAAACCCCCUGUCUGCUCCCAGUCCUCAACAGGCUCUUGCGGGCGGUUUCUACGCAAGUGGUGCUCAGGGCCCCCCGCCAGGCUUGAAGACCGCUGGUACACCCCCCAUUAGCGGAGGUGGGAUGUUUGCACAAGGACAUGGUUUCACGUCAAACAACAACCUUGGACUCGGAUCCAACAUCGGAAAGCAAGAAGCGACGCCGGAGCUGAUGCGUGAGUUGUUGCGUGGCCGAGGUGGCACGAAUGUGGGUGGCUUGCAAGGCCAGGAAAAUACUAAGCGUGAGUCCCUAUUUCCUUUUUUCCAACAGCACAAUACCCCAUCUCCCAUGACUCCUACGAAUGGCCUUCUCAGCUCUUUCUAUGGGCCCCAGCUGGGAGCAUAUCCUGAAUCUGGUGGCCCACAGAAGCAGAAGAAGAAGGGGAAGAAGCACAGACACGCUAACACUUCCUCCGGCGGAGGUGGUGUAGUAGAUCUUGCGGACCCGAGCAUUUUGCAAGCGAGAAUGCAUCAGGUCGGCGCGAACGCUGGUGCUGGGCAAGCGUUGUACGGGAGUCAAGGCCAAGUGGAUGAGGAGUUUCCUCCGCUCGGUAUGCAGUCGAAAGAACGCCGACCUGUCGACAGUUUUGGCUUUCUCAAAUCCAGCGACUCGUCCAUCCGCGCCGGGACCCCAAAUCUGCCCCCUGGUCUGCCGGUUCCCCACGCUCAUCCCGGUUCGGGUACCUUUCAGGACCACCUGACUGCUUCUAAUCGUUCAUCCCCUGCUCCCAUGCCGCCCCCUGGCCUGGGUGGAGAAUUGUCCUCUGGAUUUGGUACACCGAAAAAUGACGACGCUUUGUCUCGCCCUUCAACCCCUCCCAUCGGUGUUAAUACAACACGUCCUUCCAGUCAUGUCAAAGAUGCAUCUCAGAUAUCGUUUGGCUCGCCCGUGCCGAAAUCUGCCACCAAGACUGAAGGCCGCCUCAAGGACGACUUUUCAAUCGCCCCCGGCAAGAUUGAUUCCGCUGUUAGACUUGGCUCUGAGGCGAACUUGUCUUCCGUCGAAAAAGUAAAUCCGAUCAAGCUCAAUACGUCAGUUGGUACUGCCCAGCCUCAAGAAGCUGUUUCUGCCAAGAUUGAGUCGCAUCCUGCUCAAGCCUCUGCAAUUGGAUCGCGCCCGAACUCGCCAUUCACUACUGCAUCGCGAAUUUCUGACUCUUCGGGGCCUCGCCAACCUCGUGUACUGCGUGUGGUGGACACCCCCAAGGCCGAAACUCCACCAGUCCCGACUGCUCCAUCUGUCGCAUCGUUUGCGGGAACAGGUGGCGCAAGAUCCCGCAAACAAAGCAUAUCGUCCAACAGUCGUCCGGAUACCCCGAUUGAGUUUGGGUCCGAGGCUGACUUUUAUGCGUCCGGUUCUGUGUCUCGCGCCAGCUCGCCUCCAGCUUCUAACCGUAUCGGCUCUGCCCCAGUUCGGGCCAUUACCAAGAGCCAAGCCAAGAAGGAGCGACGACAGAAGGCUAAAGAAGCAGAGGCAAAGAAGGUCGAGACCGUUCCUGCAGUUGAGGAAACUGUGCAAGCUCCAAUCCUUGGAAGAAAGCGCAAAACCAAGAAGCCUGCCAACAGCAUUGUUGAGUCUGGUAGCGUAGCUGCCGACGCUGUGCCGGAGAGUGUGACUGCAGCCAAGCCAGACAAGUCUUCUCCAAAGAAGAAUCAACCCAAAACUGAUUCUUCCAAGAACGUGAAAGAAAAGGAAGAACUGGCCCGAGAGGCAAAGACCCCUACAAUGCCAGAGCAGCCCAUCGAGCAAAGGGCUCCUGUGGAGGAGUGGCGCUCACACAACACCGUGGAACAAUUGAUGAGGGAUUCUGAAGCCACUGGGAUUUCUAUUAGAGAUCUUUUCCUGGAACGAACGAAGCCACUUCAUGAACUGCUUGCUGCUAUGCACAGGUCUGAGGAACUGAAUCUCCAUACUUCUUCGCUGUUCAACCCCGCCAACCUCUCUCAGCGUGUCGACAUGAAGUGCACUGCCGAUGACUAUGACCUGCUCAGACAUCCCAUUGAGUUGACCGAGGACCAUCGGAAGACCCUUUUGCGCGGGGAGUUUGUUCGCAUUGGUACCGAGGCCAAGAAUCGAUGUCUGAUCACCCCACGUGGCUGCGUGAUCCCCCAUCUAUCGACUGAAGAAGAGAAUAAGUACAUCGAGCUGGAGAAGAGAAUGAAUGAUGUAGUGGAUCCUACCUUGGAUGGACCCGAUCCCAGCAAUCGCAGUGGUGGUCUCGAAGCGCUUUUCGCGACUCCCGAGAAAUUUAACAUUUGCUGGGUGGACGACACGUCAAACAGACUGGGCGCUACAUCCCCGAAUGCAGCGCUGGUUGCGGCGGAAUCGCCCGAAUCCGCCUCCACGCUGCCACCGAAUGUGCUGUCUGCUAUGGACGCGGACACAACUCGCACUCAUAAUUGGGCAGUCGCAAACACUGCCGAGCUGGUCAACUCGACCCCGGCUGCUGUGCGAUCUUUCGCCGCAGCCACCGCCAAGCACCUCCUCGGCGGAGGCAUUGCGUCCGGAAACAACCCUGACUUGGAAGAGCUUGCGGCCCUAACGGAUGAUGAACUGAAAGCAUUCGCGGGUAAGUCGCAGAAAGACCUGGAAGGAACCCGCAAGGAGGUGGACUCGCUGGACAAGAAGUUUUCCGCUCUUCUUCGGCGGAACAAAAAGCUCGCUCAGCAGGCUCUGGCCAUCGGAUCCAAGGAUGAGUAA